UCUCUCUCGUCUUCCUUCGUCUUCCACUCUCACACAACUCCCAACUUCCAAUUCACAAAACCGUCACUAUUUACCAACCCACUUCACUUCCCCCACUCAACAACAGUCGAUUCCAUUCCACAAUGCAUUUUCCCCCACUUUCCCAGCAACCAAACAGCACAUAAUUCCUUCCAACUCGAGCCUCUUUCUCUGUCAUGUACCGCUUGUCGCAGCUUUCAUCGUACACCGCCUCUAUAGUCGGAAGCACCGUUCGACUCAUCGCGAACCGCUCCCUGCACCACCAGUGCUGCUCGUUACCGGCGAAACCAGAGUAUCGCGGAAUUAGGUCUUUCCGUUCAGAAUUCGCGGUGACCACUCGGUGCUACUCCGCCAAAAAAGGACGCAAAAGCAAGGUGGAGCCUGAAGCGAUGAAGCAGGAGAAGGACGCUUUCUACGUCGUUCGGAAAGGGGACGUUGUUGGAAUCUAUAACAGUCUCGCUGAUUCUCAGGCUCAAGUUGGAUCUUCCGUAUGCAAUCCUCCUGUUAGUGUGUACAAGGGAUACUCGUUGUCAAAGGACACUGAGGAGUAUCUUGUCUCGCAUGGACUGAAGAAUGCUUUAUACACAAUUAGGGCCACUGAUUUGAAAGAGGAUUUGUUUGGCAUGCUUGUUCCUUGCCCUUUACAGGAACCUUCUACCAAAGAGAGCACAUCAAAUAAGGAUGUAUCUAAGAAGAGAUCUUUGGGAGUGCUUGGACAAGAUGAGCAGAAAGUAAUAUCUGAAGAUCCCUUGAGAAAGCAAGUCAAGUUAGAUCAUGCUGCUGUGGCUGAAGCACCUUUACAUGCAACUCAGACUUGUUUUGUUGAGUUUGAUGGUGCGUCAAAAGGAAAUCCUGGAAAAGCUGGUGCUGGGGCUAUUCUACGAGCUAAUGAUGGAAGUUUGAUUUGUAGAUUGCGUGAAGGUGUGGGUAUAGCAACAAACAAUGCUGCUGAAUAUCGUGCAAUGAUAUUGGGAAUGAAAUAUGCUCUUAAAAAGGGAUUUACUGGUAUUCGUAUCCAAGGUGAUUCCAAACUUGUUUGCAUGCAGAUUGAUGGUUCCUGGAAGGUCAAGAAUGAAAACUUGUCUACAUUGUAUAAUGUGGCAAAAGAACUCAAGGAUAAAUUUUCCUCAUUCCAGAUCAGUCAUGUUCUAAGGAACUUCAACUCUGACGCUGAUGCUCAAGCAAAUUUGGCCAUAAAUCUUGCAGAUGGCCAAGUUCAAGAAGAGUGUGUGUAAUUCACUCAUGGCAGCUGAUGAUUAUGUUUUGGGUUUGUUGCAGAACACGUCUGCAAUUUACAGAUUAGUCCUAAGAAUUGGCGACCCAGUUAUUUAGAACUCAAACCCUAAGAAUGAAUUAUUUUGAAUUAGUUCUCUUCUGGUCCUGACUCAACUUUUAACCGCAGCAUUUUCAAUUUCCAUAAAUUUUUUCCGCAUGAAGGAUUCCCAUUAGGACUUAUCAACACUGCAAUCACAUAAAGUUAGAGUUUGUCAUUUUCAUUCUUGAGCAUAUGGAAGACCAGAAUAUCUUACAGUCUACAGCAAACAUGAUUCUUGUUCAAUAACACUAAUAUUAUCAUACGUCUUAGUUGAAAGUGCUGUUUCAUUAACUUUUUGUAUCUAUUCGGAUUCUUUCUACUGGGUUUUAAUACAGUUACAUUUCCAAGACUCAAGCUCAGACCAAGUUAGAAUAGCCCCCUGCCAACUGAUUUACAUUUAUUUUUUUGUUACAACUGAUUUACAUGCUCAGUGGUGUUUCAUUAAUUGUAAUACUAAUAUUUUAUAAUUAAUAUUGUUAUCUGCA